GCAGCAGCAGCGGGAGCAGCAGGAGCAGGAGCAUGCCCGGCGGCUGGAGGCGAAACCAGCCUGCAGCAGCACACAGUCUCCUGGCUCAUUAACCUGUCGCAUGUGGGAUAGGUGAAGACAGACGGAUAUCUGCUCCUGCGGGAAUCAGGAUACAGCUGUUUUUUUUUUUUAAUUAUUUUUUAAUUGUAUUUUGGAGAGCUUUUGUGUUGCCAGGGCAGAGAAAGUGCGAGCAGCCAUGACAGUUCAUCCUGUAUCUCCGAGAUCCCCCAACAGCCACUUCUGACCAAACCUAAUUUAGCGAACCCAAGAUGUCAGCGUGCAGCGACUUUGCAGAACACGUGUGGAAACCCGGCUCUUGUAAGAACUGCUUCCACCCACUUAGUGCGCACCACAAGACUGUCGGCAGCCUGGGUGGCAGUGUGCCAGCCGCUUGUAUGAAAAGCAGCCUGGGAGGUGAUGAAGAAGCUGGAGUAACAUCGCCUUCGCCCUACAGCAAGCCAACCAUCGCUGUCAAACCCACUGUGAUGAGCCUUGACACCAGCGAGUCGAUGACUGACGUCAACAUGAACAUAGAGCAGGAGAACACAAAGAGCCCAGCUGAGCGUUUGGGCCUGAAGAAGCUCUUGGACCUUUCGUCGCUUUACAUUGACAGUAAUGGCUGCAACAAGGCCCAUAGAGAGGCAGUCCUCCAGAGUCCUGAAACCAAGAUGGAGUACAACAACUGCUUCUCUUUGGCUUCCCUAUCCCCCAACAUCCUGCCUAAAGACUCCAUGAUCAUCAGCAAUAUCUUUGUCACCCAGGAGGAGGGUAGAGGUUCUCAGAGUUUAAAGAAGAACAGCAACGGAGACACUUAUAGGCAGCAGAAUACAACCACCACUAGAACCAAGAGCACUUGUAAUGGAAUUGGUGUGACUACCAGGGCAAGCUGUCAGGAGUCCCAGCAGGCAUCUGUGGAUAUACCUUUUUCAGUGGAUAUUGUCCCUUCCAGUCCUGCCACAGUUCAUAGCAAUGGUAUCAGCAGUGGGAGUACAGCUACUGUUACAACUAAGACAUCCAGCACUUCCCCCACAACAGCCUUAAGCGUGGACACCACAAGCCACAAUCCCCCACCAUCCCUCCACUCGCCGCCUGCCCUGUCUAAACAGACCAGCCUGUCAGACUCCUCUUGUUCUUAUCGUAGCAGUACAGAUUCACUUCCUGGGGCAGAGGGUUCAGGACGAAUGCAAGUUAGGUCAGGGAGCCCCCAAAGCCCACCAGCCAUGGGUAGCUCACAGUCAGCUCCCAGCUCUCCCAACGUACAGCCAGACACAGAACCCAUUUAUGCAGAGAGCACCAAGAAAAAGCGCAGGCCGCAAGGAAAUGGGGUGCAAUCCCAUCCUGAGUCCCCAAACCAGAAUAAGAACUUGUCCCAGUGCUCUGAACUUGAGCUCUCAGGUGAGAGUCAACGGGCCACCAUCACUGUAAUGGCCACUCACACAGAGGAAAACAACAGGACUUUCUACCUGAGCAGUCCAGAUUCAGCCAUCAGCACCCAAUGCCACUUCAGCCCCACAGCACGGAAAGACCCCAGCAGCCCGGCCUUCCGCUGGCCCAGCCCCAGCCACAGUGCACCCUCUUUGACCUCUGAAGCUAGCCUUGCCCCAACUCUCCACCCCAAGCCUCAGUCUAGCCCGCCAAUUCCCCCAAAAAGGACCACCCGUUCCCCCAAACUGGGCACCUCCAGCCUCUCACCAUCCAUGUCCUCUCCAGUCCCUCUUCCUGAUCUCCCCAAAUUGGGCACCUCCAGCCUCUCACCAUCCAUGUCGUCUCCCGUCCCUCUCCCUGAACUCCCCAUGCUUUUCUUUGUUUCUGCUCAAGAGGGCCACUUCAAGGUGCAUACAGAGAACCACAACCCUGCAGCAUCUGAACGUCGCCACAAGCCCCACCACCACAGUCCUGGCUGGAACUGUCGCAUCGAGGAAGAAGAGGAGGAGGAGGAGCGAGAGCGGAAAGAGGGGGAGAAGAAAAAACUGCCCGCUAACCCGGGUACAACCUCUCGGGUGACAGGCCUGGUCAAUGGUGCCGCUGUCUGGAAGGAGGCCAGGGACGGGAAGGCCCACAGCAGCCCCCCUCCGAUGACAGAGCCAGGCACGGCCCCCCCAGCUGCCCCCAACAAUGGUGCCUGUCAGGGGGAGACUGAGAGCACCGGUGCAGAGGAGGAGGCCAAGCAUAACGGGAGCAUGCCGGCCAGGCAACCUUUGCAUGGCAGCUCAUCAGAGCUGCUGGCAUCAGGGAAGGGAGCUGCCAACAAUGAACCCAAUCCACCACCUCCCCCACCUAAGAAACUGCACAGAGUGUGCAGUAAGAUGAGUGGCAGCAACAUGGAGCUGGACCGCUGCAGCCAGCAAGGGUCAGUCGAGAGCCCAACCUCAUCUCUACGGGGCCUGGGCAGUGUCAGCAUACCAACUGCCUCCACUGACAACCUGACUGCUGACACUGGUUCUCGGGAUGCUACACGGAUGUCUUGUUCCUCUCCAUUCACCAGAAGUCCAGUGGCCUCGGCUCCAGGGUCUCCUCACCCGCCCUCCUUUACCAGCUUAACCAACCAGCCACCUCCACUCCCGGAGAAAAGAAUGGUCAACCGCACCGUGUCGGCUCCCGAUAGCGCAAACGGAAAACCCUUCGUCCGAGCCUACCCACGCCUCCCAUUCACUGGCUCGGAGAGCAACGUGUGUAGACCAGCUGACAUCAGCUCCCGGUCCAGUUUACCGUCCAGCCCCGUUGACCCGCGACCCCUUUUCUCUUCAAACGAGUCUCUAGAGCGUUGCCACGCCCUGCUAGGCCGAUCCUCCAGGUCCCGGACACUGGAUGAACCGCUGAAGACUCCGGGGCGUCUGGGUGUGCACUGCCGGAGCAGCAUCACCUGCUCCUCUUCCCCCCAACUCAGCGUGCCCUUCUCAGCCUCAGAACCGGGUCUGGCACCAAAUCUGGGCUCCAGCCUGCAGCUCCAGACCCUUCUGAGUAACAUAGACAGUCGGGAGGGAGUUUACUCCAAGCUGGGAGGCCUGUACGCCGAGUCUCUGCGGCGCUUGGCUCUGAAAUGUGAGGAUCACUUCACUCGCUCCCAGAGGAACCCACUUAGGUUUGAGGAGAGCAACUGGUCUCUGUUCAGGCUCACCUCUAACAAGCCGAGCUGCAACGCUGGAGAUGCUGUGUACUACUCUGCUGCCUGUGCCUCAGACCCCAGCAACUCCUACGCUGUAAAGAUCUGCAAGAGUCCAUCCAUAGAGGCCAAGCAGGGCCAUCUCUACGGUCUGUCAGUGCAGCAGAGCAUGCCUCCCCACUUCAACCUCCAACAGGACUGUGGCCACUUUCUCGCUUGUGUUCCCCAGAGCAUGCUGCCUUCUGACGAGGUCUCCCUGCCCACCACGCCUGCCUCAUCGCUGCCUCAGCCCUCCACGUCCGCGCCUGGCCAGCAGGUAGACCGAGAGCGUGUGGUGGUCAUCACCUCUGAGAUCCCUCAGCAGACGGCAGCUGACUUCGUUCGGGAGUGGGAUGCGUUUCAUAAAACCCAGCCUGAGGUCUACGAGCGCCGCGUUUGUUUCCUCCUCCUGCAGCUCUGCAAUGGCCUGGAGCACUUGAAGGAGCACGGGGUCACGCACCGCGACCUCUGCCUCGAAAACCUGUUGUUGGUGCCUCAUCUCCGCAGGCCCUCUCAGUUCCCCCAACAGACCACCGACAACAACACCAGUAACAGUUCAAGUGGUGUUGACAUACAGCGCCACCUUCCUCGGCUCCUCAUCAGCAACUUUGCCAAGGCCAAGCGUCGCUCCUCCGAGGACGCCGCCUCAACCACUGUGGACCCUCGCAUCAAGCGUGACCACGCCAGAUUGGCGCCUGAGAUUGUCUCAGCAGCCCAGUAUCGUAAAUUUGACGAGUUCCAGACGGGCAUCUUGAUCUAUGAACUCCUCCACCAAGCCAACCCGUUUGAGGUGAGUCCAGCGCUGAAGGAACAAGACUACCGCUGUGAGGACUUGCCUCCAAUCCCCUCCGUCUCCCUUUACUCAGCCGGCCUCCAGAGGCUGGCCCAGCUCCUGCUCCAGCCUGACCCCAUCAAACGCAUCCACAUCCAGGAGGCCAAGCGCAUCCUGCAGAGCCUGCUCUGGGGGCCCAGGAAGGACUUGAUGGAGCAGCAGUGGGAGAGACACGGACAGGACGGAGGCUUUGUCGGCGGAUCCCGACACGAGGGCCUCCUCAACUGGCUGGACGUGAAACGGGCGCUGCUGAUGAUGAAGUUCGCUGAGCGUUCGCUUGAGCCCGAGAGGAACGCCGAGCUGGAGGACUGGUUGUGCUGUCAGUACUUCUCCUCGGCCCACCCUCUGUCUCUCUGCCAUACUGCUGAACUGCUCUACUCGCUAAAGUGACGCCUCACUUUGCGGUUAAAAAUGUGUGCGAGUGGAUCCGAAGGAAUUUUUGAAUGUGUGUAUGAGAAAGACCAACUGAGCUGAUGUCUAGACACUAUGGAUUGAUCCAGACAGUGUGAUCCUCUGGAGAUACUGUGAACCGACCCACCCGUUUGCGCUACUGCUACAUGCAUGAGAGCUGCGCAUCAACCUAGCCGUCCACCGUCAGUAUCCUGCAACAGACUGUCGACCUAGCAAAGAAAAAAACCUGUGAAAAUUCAGCUGUUAGAUGUUCUUGUAGCAGUCACAGACAUAUGGACAAAUUCACUGCAAUGUUCACCCACAGACUAGCAUCACUUUGUACUGAUGAAUACAUUGGUGUAAAAAAAAAGGAAGAAUAUGGACAGUAUUCAUAAUCCUGUAAUACACUUACCAAAGUUUCAUGUUUGACACUGUAUCGUGUGUAUUUAUUGAAAAUUAAGAUGUUUUACCCACUGACAGGCUAAUAAUUCAUAACCUUACUCUGUGUCAGCCAGCUUUGCAAAGUAAUGCUGUGUCGUAUCUACGUAAAUGUGCAGCUAACUUUUCAUUUGUUUGAUAUCUUAAUGAAAGUUUGAGGUCACUAGCAGACUUACACUGUUGCACCUUUUUCCAUCGUGUUUGUUCAUGGGCACAUGCUGUACACCGUAAACCACUGGUUCCCAACCUGGAGGUCUUCACGAGGGUUGCGAGGCCUGUUUUAAAAAUAUAUGGCAGGUCAUUCAAUUCUGUGAAGAAAUCUAACAUGUUAUUUUUAAAGUUUAAUUAUUUAAGAUGAACUUAAAAAAACCCUUACGGUUUAAAGGCAAGGUGAACACAAGUGAUAUUCACAGAGCCCUCAGUCUCUGCUGAACAGCCUCGUCCUGCAUUAGAAAAGUACACAGUUAAAAGAACCAAAGAGCUAAUAGAACAGUGGCCAAGCAUCAAGGAGACAACAACACUGAAUUUAUCAAAAAAGAAGCCUUUCAGGAAAGUAUGAUUGUUAGAAAUAAUACAGAGAACUGGGUAAAAAGUCAAUAAAAACAUCUGGAAAACUCAUCUGAUGCAAUAUUCACAGAAUAAUAUCAAAAUUCAUCCAAACUGCUGUUUUUACACAGACUUCCUGCAGUUAGAGUUCACUAUUUGGGUUAAUUGGACAGUUAAUCAGUUGUUCUGUGCUUAAUCAGAGGUCGUCAGUUUACUCAAAGGAGGAGUCCCCGAAGGAAAAAAAGGUUGGGAACCACUGCUUUAAGCAACACAAAUUCAACUUUUCUUUUACCAAAUGUGCAGGAAGUUUAAGAAUAAUGCCUGUUCCUCAGUGAAUUCUGGACCACUGUCUGGGAAGAACAGCGCAGGCUUCCUUAAGUGUGCGUUAUGUCGCCUUCUUAGUUAGACAGCAUUGCAUGGUAAAGCGUUAGUAUAGAUUAAUCGUAAGCCAUACUGUCUAACUGUCUAACACAACUCAAUAGUGACUGGAUUUACAGACCGGCUGGCGAUUGCUUCCACUGAACGGAUGCCCAGGUUUCCCCUCUGCUUUCUUUUAGCACAUAUUUAAAUGUUUUGACAUUUGUCGCAGUGCCUUUUGUUCUUUGUAUAUGUUACAGUGACGCAGAAGCCAAAUGUAAAUAUUACUGAUCAUUCGUCCUUUGUGAAACUGGCCUUUCACAGAAUGUUCCAGAAACAGUUUUGUACAGUAAUUUGUAGAUGAGCCCAAGCAGGUCUUUAAAAGCCAUGAAUAUGAGCAGCAGUUAAAAAAUAUUUAUGAUAUAAUUUGUUAUCCUGUAGUAGUCACUGGAAUUUCUCUGUUUAUUUUCAUAUGUAGAUUGUUGGGUUGUUUCCUGGCACUGCAGCAGCUGGGCCUGUUUUGUUUUUUGGCUGCAGAGAAAACAAGUUAUGGGGAUUUUAUCUCCAGAGAGGAAUUUCUUAAAGUCCGGAGUAGCGAGAAUUUCACAGCCUGCAUGCAGGUUUCUGUCCAUGACCGACUGACGUGUCUGAUGUUGAAGAGAAAAACGAACACGGUCAGAACUCACAACUAAUACAUUAUUGAUUUGAAUUAUUUUGUGUGUGCCUCACCUAUUUGCAUCUAUCAAUAAACUGUGCAUAUAUUUUC